AAAACAAUACUACACUAAAUUAAUUAAGCUUCAUCUUCGGAUUCUCUCUUAUCUGUCAAAAACAGCUUUUUUUUUUUGUCCCGAAGUCAUCACCUCAUUGUUCCAUCAAUAAGUUGGAGAUCGCUGAUCAGAAUUUUAAUUUUAAUUUUGGGUGUCUCAUCUUCUCCGAUCACGAUAGUUAAAAAUGCGGCACAAUUGCUGUCAUGUCUCGUUCGCUUCUGUUCUCAAGAUCCUGAAUUUUCUCCAAGCUUUCAUCGGUGUAUCGAUCAUAAUCUACUCGAUUUGGAUGCUCGAUCAAUAUAACCAUCACCUUCCCCCCGUUGAACCUCCUCCGUCUCAGCCUCCGGCGGCUUCAUCUCCGGAUUCUUCUUCUUCUUCUUCUUCUUCUUCUUAUAAUACAUUCUCUUCUACUUCAGGAAUUGAGAUCAACGAUGGUUCUUUGAAGAAUCCGAUCAGUUUCGUAUCGGGUAUCGUUCUCGGGUCUGGUGCUGAUUCGGGAAGUUUCAACCUCCGUUCCUUAGAUCUUCCUGCUCCAUGGUUCAUCUACUCGUUUAUGGCGAUUGGGAUUCUGGUCUGCAUUGUCACUAUCAUUGGUUUCAUUGCAGCUGAGGCUAUCAAUGGCUGCUGCUUGUGUUUCUAUUCUAUCCUCAAAACUCUUCUGAUCAUAAUUGAAGCGGUUCUAUUGGGAUUCAUAGCUAUUGACCGUCAGUGGGAAAAGGAUCUUCCUUAUGAUCCAACUGGAGAACUCAAUAGCCUUCGAGCUUUCAUCGAAGAAAACAUUGAUAUUUGCAAAUGGGUUGGCAUUGUUGUGGUAGCGAUCCAGUUUCUGUCAUUGCUACUGGCUUUGGUUUUGAGAGCUAUGGUUUCACCCCGGCAGUCAGAGCUUGAUGAUGAGGAUGAUUUUGAGAAUCCGAUGAAUAGAGCACGAGACAAUCUUCUUGGUCCACAGGCAAACCAGACAUCUUCUGCAAGCAAUAUUGACAAUUGGAGGUCCCGUAUCAGAGAGAAGUACGGAUUGAUCAACGGUCAGAGCCAGACUCCACCAGCUUAACUCAAAAGACCUAGCUAUUGCGUAUGUGGAUCACUACUUUGUUCCUCUCUCUCAACUUUCGAAUGUGCAUAGAUAUUACGCAACUAUGUUAUUGUUUGAUGUUUUUUGUUCGAAACUCUGUUUAGAAUGGCAACAUAGCUUUUCAUUUCGGUGUGUCUGUACAAAAACGUAACAAGAUUUGUGUUAUAAUGGGGACAACUGCUUAUUGAUCUGCU